CAGCAGAGCUGCAGUUGACACGACUUUCUCUCUAAAGACAAACUGAAGCUUUUACUGACAAACUCUGGUUGUAGAUAUGUCUGCUGCCAGCUGUCUUCAUACUGAGGAUCAGUUCCUGUGCUCCAUCUGUCUGGAUGUGUUCACUGAUCCUGUUGCCAUACCAUGUGGACACAACUUCUGUAAAAGCUGCAUCACUGAUCACUGGGAUGUUAAUGUCUCGUGUCAGUGUCCAAACUGUAAAAAGGUUUUCAACACAAAACCUGAGCUACAUGUCAACACCUUCAUCUCUGAGAUGGUUGCUCAGUUUAGACAGGAAGCCAGCAGCAGCAGCUCAGAGCAACAAGUUUCCAAACCAGGAGAAGUUCCCUGUGACGUCUGCACUGGAACCAAACUGAAGGCCUUGAAGUCCUGCUUGGUUUGUCUGGUUUCCUACUGUGAGACUCACCUGGAGCCUCACCUGACAACCAGAGGCCUGAAGAGACAUCAGCUGAUGGACCCUGUGGAGAACCUGGAAGGCAGGAUGUGUGAGAAGCACGACAAACUGCUGGAGCUGUUCUGUAAGAACGACCAGAUGUGUGUCUGCGCGCUGUGCAGCGUUACAGACCACAAGACACAUGAUGUUGUUCCUCUGAGAGAAGGAUAUGAAGGAAAGAAGGUCGAGCUGGGGAAGACAGAGGCUGAAAUCCAGCAGAUGAUCCAGAAGAGACGACUGAAGCUUGAAGAGUUCAAACAGUCAGUGGAGCUCAGCAAGAAGAAUGCAGACAGAGAGGUGGCAAAAGGUGUUCAGGUCUUCAGCGCUCUGAUGGAGACUGUUAAGAGACACCUAAAUAAUCUGAUGGACACGAUCAAAGAGAAGCAGAGAGAGACGGAGGAACAGGCUGAAGGCUUCAUCAAAGAGCUGCAACAGGAAAUCUCUGACCUGGAGAAGAGAAGCUCUGAAGUGAAGAAGCUCUCACGCUCUGAAGACCACUUCCACCUCCUCCAAAACAUCACGGCCCUGAACGCUGCUCCACCCACCAAGAACUGGACUGGAGUCAGAGUCCAUCCACCUUCAUAUGAGGGGACUGUGGUGAGAGCUGUGAAGCAGCUGGAGGAGACGCUCAGGGAACAGAUGAAGAAGCUGAUCUUUGAGGCUGAGCUGAAGAGAGUCCAGCAGUAUGAGGUGGAUCUGACUCUUGAUCCUGAUACAGCACACCCCUGGCUCAUUCUGUCUGAUGAUGGAAAACAAGUUCAUUGUGGAGAUGAAGAGAAGAAUCUCCCAGACAAUCCAGAGAGAUUUGAUUGUUGUUGUGAUGUCUUAUCAAAGCAGAGUUUCUCUUCAGGCAGAUUUUACUUUGAGGUUCAGGUUAAAGGAAAGACAGAGUGGGAUUUAGGAGUGGCCAGAGAGUCGAUCAACAGGAAGGGACCGAUCAUACUCAGUCCUCAGAAUGGUUUAUGGACGAUAUAUUUGAGAAAUAAAAAUGAGUACAAAGCUCUUGCUGGCCCCUCUGUCCAUCUCUCUCUGCAGUCUGAUCCUGAGAAGGUGGGGGUGUUUGUGGAUUAUGAGGAGGGUCUGGUCUCCUUUUAUGAUGUUGAUGCUGCAGCUCUGAUCUACUCCUUCACUGGCUGCUCCUUCACUGAGAAACUCUACCCAUACUUUGAACCCAGUCUUAAUCAUGGUGGUAAAAACUCUGCUCCUCUGAUCAUCUCUCCUGUCCGUCACACUGAGUAGAACCACUACUUGAUUUUCUACACAAAGAUUUCCAAUCAUUUAAUGUGAUCAAUGUAAAUGAUUGAUGAUAUUAAUACUAUUAUUCAGAUUCAGAUUCAGAUCAGUCAACGAGAGGCAUUUGAGAUGGGGACUGCUGCCCGUCUGCCUCUCCUUCAGGGGAUUUGUGUGCUUUUGUUGUGUUUUGUCUUAUUAGAAUAUAGUUGAUCUUUGUUGAAUUGUUUAUUCCUUUUUGUCAUUUUAUAUUAAAUCCCUUUUGUUAUGUGUUAAAAGGUGUUUUUGUGGUUCUAUGGAUUCAUGUGUUGGAUUAUUGUUAGCCCCACAGGGCCACCUUAGUUAAGAUUUGUUUAUUGUUCUUGCUGUGUUAUUUGUCGCCUUUCUCCCUUUGUUUCAUGUCUUGUGUACUCGUAUGUAUUUCCUCUUGUGCUUCUCAGUUCAGUCUCCUGUGUUUCCUGGUUUAUUUUAGAUAACUUGUUCCUUCUGUGUCUGGUUCAGUUUUACUUCCUGCUCUCGUGUUUCUGCAGUUUUGAUUGCAAUCAUUAGUUUCACCUGUGUCGUGUCACAGCUGUGUUGAUUACCCUGUGUAUUUAGUUCCUCUGUUUCCCCUUUCCCAUGUCAGUUCAUUAAGUGUUGCUACAGUUUCUCCAGAGUUUCUCUUGUUUUUCAUGGGAUUUGAUUGAAUUAACUUUGUCCUUUUGUUUAUUAAACCUUUUGAGUCCA